CCCUUCAUCUCUUUUUCUUUCAUUUGAUAUGACAAAAACUGACUUUGGUAAAAAGUUCCGCAAAGACUUUUCUUUUGAAGCCGAUUACGUGCCUAUUAAUCAUGGAUCGUAUGGCACUUAUCCUAAUGUCAUCAAGCCUGUGAUGAGAGAAUUCCAAGAUAAAGCCGAGCAACAUCCUGAUCGCUGGAGCAGAUUUGAAUCUAAAGAAAUUAUCAAGUCCAAUCUUAAGCGAUUGUCCAAACUUGUACAUUGUGAUGAUUCUGACCUUAUUUUUGUGCCUAAUGCUUCCAGUGGUGUCAACACUGUUCUCAGAAGCUUCCCUUUUAAGAAAGGCGACAAAAUCCUUCAUUAUCAAACUGUCUACGCUUCUGUCGACAAAACUUUGGCCUUUUUGAAAGAUCACUAUCAAGUAGAAUUGGUCCGAAUCCAUCUUAAUUAUCCUCUCGAAGAUGCUGAAAUUAUUCAGCUAACAAAAGAAGCAAUUGACCAGGAACACGCUAAGGGCAAUGGCAAAAUUCGUAUGGCUGUUUUUGAUGCUUUAUCUUCUCUUCCUGGUGUUCGCUUUCCUUUCGAGGCCGUCAAUAGCCUUGUUCAAGAAAAUGGCAUUUUAAGUUUAAUUGAUGGUGCCCAUGCUAUUGGACAAGUGAGCUUAAAUUUGACAGAAUUAAACCCUGAUUAUUUUAUUACGAAUUGUCACAAAUGGUUGUAUUCCCCCCGUGGAUGUGCUAUCUUGUAUGCACCCAAGCGUAACCAAGGUUUUAUUCAUCCUACAACUAUUAAUGCUGCUUACAAGUUCCAUGCCGAUAGUGCUGAGCAUUCUAGCUUUGCUCAAGAGAAUGCUCCCAACACCAUCGAUACUGCACCCUAUUUAUGUAUUGAUGCAGCUUUAAACUAUCGCGAAUCUAUCGGAGGAGAAGAAGCUAUUUGUAAAUAUACCCAUGAUAUCGCUGUGAAGGGUGGUGCGCUUGUUGCUAAAUUAUUGGGCACGCAGGUGAUGGAAAAUUCUACAAAGACUUUGACAGCCAACAUGGUCAAUAUUGAAUUACCCGCCUUCAAAACUUCCAAAACGGAUCCUGAAAUUAUGGCGUUCUUCUUGAACAAGUCCAUCUACGAGAAGCACACUAUGCUUUCUAUCUACAAGAAUAACAGUAAAUGGUGGGUUAGAUUAUGUGGACAAAUCUAUGUUGAUUUAGAUGAUUUCCAAAAGGCUGGAGAAGCUGUCUUAGCUAUUAUCAAAGAAAUCGAUGAGCAAUAA